AUGAUUGGAUGUGCCAUGUACGAGUUGGUCAAAGUCGGUCAUGCCAACUUGGUCGGUGAGGUGAUUCGUAUCAAUGGUGACAAGGCUACUAUCCAGGUCUACGAGGAAACCGCUGGUGUUACUGUCGGUGACCCAGUCUUGAGAACCGGUAAGCCAUUGUCGGUGGAAUUGGGCCCUGGUUUGAUGGAGAACAUUUACGAUGGUAUCCAAAGACCCUUGAAGGCUAUCAAGGACAAGUCUCAAUCCAUCUAUAUCCCAAGAGGUAUUGACGUGCCAUGCUUGAACAGAGAGGUUCAAUACGACUUCAACCCUGCCUCCUUGAAGGUUGGUGACCAUAUCACUGGAGGUGACAUCUUCGGUUCUAUCUACGAGAACUCCUUGUUGGACGACCACAAGAUUUUGUUGCCACCUCGUGCCAGAGGUACUAUCACCUCUAUUGCUGAGAAAGGCUCCUACGCUGUUGACGAGACAGUCUUGGAAGUUGAGUUCGAUGGUAAGAAGCACUCUUACUCUAUGAUGCACACCUGGCCAGUUAGAGUUCCAAGACCAGUUGCUGAAAGAUUGACUGCUGACUUCCCAUUGUUGACCGGUCAAAGAGUGUUGGACUCUUUGUUCCCAUGUGUCCAAGGUGGUACUACAUGUAUCCCAGGUGCCUUCGGUUGUGGUAAGACCGUUAUUUCGCAAGCCUUGUCCAAGUUCUCUAACUCCGACAUUAUCACUUACGUCGGUUGUGGUGAGAGAGGUAACGAGAUGGCUGAGGUUUUGAUGGAGUUCCCAGAGCUUUUCACCGAGGUCUCCGGCCGUAAGGAGCCAAUCAUGAAGCGUACUACUUUAGUCGCCAACACCUCCAAUAUGCCCGUCGCUGCCAGAGAGGCUUCUAUCUACACUGGUAUCACUAUUGCCGAGUACUUCCGUGAUCAGGGUAAGCACGUCUCCAUGAUUGCAGACUCCUCCUCUCGUUGGGCCGAGGCUUUGAGAGAAAUUUCUGGUCGUUUGGGUGAAAUGCCUGCUGAUCAGGGGUUCCCAGCUUACUUGGGUGCCAAAUUGGCUUCUUUCUACGAACGUGCUGGUAAGGCUUUAGCAUUGGGUUCUCCAGACAGAGUUGGUUCCGUCUCCAUUGUUGCCGCUGUCUCUCCAGCCGGUGGUGAUUUCUCUGACCCUGUGACCACCUCCACUUUGGGUAUUACCCAAGUUUUCUGGGGUUUGGACAAGAAGUUGGCCCAACGUAAGCAUUUCCCCUCUGUUAACACUGCUAUCUCCUACUCCAAGUACACCAACGUGUUGGAUUCCUACUACGAGAAGAACUACUCCGGAUUUGCUAACUUGAGAACCAAGAUCAAGGAGAUUUUGUCCAAUGCCGAAGAGUUGGAGCAAGUUGUCCAAUUGGUCGGUAAGUCAGCAUUGUCCGACUCUGACAAGAUUGUUUUGGAUGUGGCUACCUUGAUUAAAGAAGAUUUCUUGCAACAAAACGGAUACUCCUCUUACGAUCAAUUCUGCCCAAUCUGGAAGACUCACAGCAUGAUGCGUGCUUUCAUGUCCUACCACGAUGAAGCUCAAAAAGCUGUGGCAAACGGUGCUGUUUGGUCUAAGUUGGCCGAGGCAACUAGUGACGUGAAGCACGCUGUCUCCAGUGCUAAGUUCUUUGAGCCACUGGAAGGUGAAGAGGCUGGCAAGAAGCACUACAGCGAAUUGUUGACCAAGAUUACUGAACGUUUCGCUGAAGCUUCUGAGUAA